AUGAGCAGAACUCUGACAGAAGUAGAAAGGAAAUAUUCAGCAAUUGAAAGGCUUUGUCUAGCCUUAUACUUCACUGCUGUGAAACUUAGACACUAUAUGCUGCCUUUCACCAUCUACAUCAUUGCCAAGACAGACCUAAUCAAAUACAUGCUAACGAGGCCAAUGGUGAGACGCAUAAUUGGAAAAUGGACUCUGGCUUUGACAGAAUUUUCUUUCAGAUAUGUUCCUCAGAAAGCUGUCAAAGGACAAGCUGUAGCAGAUUUGCUAGCAGAUCACCCAGGAGAAGAGAUUGAAAAUAUGGACUCUUUGGACAUAGCAAAUGCAGAUCUGCUGACUAGAUUAGAUUUCCAGUGCACCAACAACAGGGCUGAAUAUGAAGCUUUAAUCAUUGGCCUAGAAAUGCUGGUGGAAUUAGGGAUCCAAUCUAUGGAAAUCCUGGGAGAUUCUAUGCUUGUGUUGAAACAGAUUGCUGGAGAAUACAAGUGUCUGAGUCCUUCUUUAGCUGUUUAUUUAGUUGCAGCUAGAAACCUGCUGACAGAAUUCAGAGAAGCUACUUGGGAACAUAUCCCAAGAGAAGAAAAUUUUGCAGCCAAUGAAUUGGCUCAGAUAGCAACAGGUAUACAAAUGCCUGAAGACUGUGUGCAAAGAAUCAUCAAGGUAGGAAAGAAUCAUCAGAAUCAUGGCUUUAAACUACCUUAUGUGGAAUGGAGAUUUGGUCCGAAAAAGCAAGGAUGA